AUGGCCACUACUUGCAAAUCAUACUUUUUACCUCUUCUUUGCCUAUUCAUCCUCAUCUCCUCCUCCUCCUCCUCCGCCGCCAAGCACCGGCAACGCCAGCCAUGCCGCCACCUCGUGUUCUAUUUCCACGACGUGCUCUUCAACGGCCACAAUUACGAAAACGCCACAUCAGCCAUCGUGGGGUCCCCACAAUGGGGCAACAAGACGGCCAUGGCCGUGCCCUACAACUUCGGGGACAUGGUGGUGUUCGACGACCCCAUAACCCUAGACAACAACUUCCGCUCGCCGCCGGUGGGUCGGGCGCAGGGGAUGUACUUUUACGACACCAAGAACACGUACACGGCGUGGCUCGGGUUCUCGUUCGUGUUCAACUCGAGCGAGCACGUGGGGACGCUCAACUUUGCCGGGGCCGACCCGCUGAUGAAUAAGACGAGGGAGAUUUCGGUGAUUGGAGGGACGGGCGAUUUCUUCAUGGCGCGUGGGGUCGCGACGGUGUCUACCGACGCUUACGAGGGCGAUGUGUACUUCAGGCUUUGUGUCGAUUCCCUCCCUUUCUUUUUCUUCCUCCUCCUCCUCGGAUCAUCGACCACAUCUUACGGGCCGAAUGCUUGGGCCCGGGCCCGGGCCCGAAUCCGCCAGCCAUGCAGGAACAUGACUUUCUACUUCCACGACAUUAUCUACAACGGCCAUAAUUCCAAGAACGCCACUGCGGCCAUCGUGGGGGCCCCCGCGUGGGGCAACACGACGAUCCUCGCUGGCCAGAAUCAUUUCGGAAACGUGGUCGUUUUCGACGACCCCAUCACUCUCGACAACAAUCUUCACUCGCGCCCCGUGGGCCGGGCCCAGGGGUUUUACUUGUACGACAAGAAAGACGUGUUCACUGCGUGGCUCGGGUUCUCGUUCGUGUUCAACUCCACGCGCCACAGGGGCUCCAUAAACUUCGCGGGGGCCGACCCGUUGAUGAACAAGACGAGGGACAUCUCGGUAAUUGGAGGGACGGGAGACUUCUUCAUGGCACGUGGGAUCGCAACGCUGUCGACGGAUGCGUUCGAGGGUGAGGUUUAUUUCCGGCUACGUGCGGAUAUUAGACUUUACGAGUGU